AUGACCUCGAUUGAUGAACUCUUUCGCAAGCCAAAUGCGUUACCGAAACGCAAGUUGGAAGACCCCAACACAACCUUCUCUCAGGCCCUCUCCAACAAAUCGUCUAAAUUGACCGACGGAUCUUCUCCACGAAGCAACGGACACGAGUCUUCUACAUCCGAUCCCAAAUCCAACGGAAAAUCGGCAUUCGUGCAAGACGAGAUUCUUGACGAAAAGGAUGUUGAAGCCGGACCUGCGCGGCCUCCCGGGGACGAUGACGUAGAGGACGAUGCAGGCGACGAUGAUGAAGGGCGGUUCUUUGGGGGUGGGGUAACAAAGCAAGAGCGUGAAGUGAUCGACUUCAUUGAACAAAAUGAGAACGGCGAUGUCGAAGAAAAGAUUGAUUCUGCGUGGUUGCGGCGGACCGCGAUCAACUUUGAACGAAAGAUCAACAAGAACGCGGAACUACGCGCGAAGUAUGAGAGCGAGCCUAUGAAAUUCGUGGGCAGUGAAGCCGACCUGGACUCAGAAAUCAAAGGGCUCAGUCUCCUCAGCGAACAUGGAGAAUUGUACGAGGAAUUCGUCAAGCUGGGCUGCGCGGGGAGUCUAGUGGGACUUCUCGCGCAUGAAAAUACAGACAUCGCCAUCUCGGUCUGUGAGUUGCUAGCAGAGUUGACUGAUGAGGACUCCUCCUCAAGUGAAGAGCAAUGGAAAACAUUAGUGCAGGCAAUGAUCGAGGCGGAUCUGAUCGAUCUCCUAGUGAGUGACUUGGGAAGGCUAGAUGAAGCGAAUGAGAGCGAUCGCACUGGCGUCUACCACAUCCUAAAUGUUCUGGAGAACAUAUUCUCGGAUACGCAAUACCAGGAGGUUGCUGGCUCCAAAGACGGGCUUAUGCAGUGGCUUCUUUCACGCGUCAAAAAGGCCGACCCAACUGCACGUGGAAAGGUUGGACAGAAUAGGCAGUAUGCCGCUGAACUUCUGGCCAUUCUCCUUCAAAGCAAUCGGACCAACCGAGAUCGAUUCGCCCGAAAGGAGGGUGUUGAUGCGUUGCUUGAGUUACUAAGCGUAUACCGCAAACGGGAUCCUGAGAAGGAUUCCGACGAGGAAGAAUACGCCGAGAAUCUCUUCGACUGCCUGGCUUGUGUUGUGGAAGAGAGGCUUCCCGCUGAUAAAUUCAUCGAGGGCGAAGGCGUCGAAUUAUGUCUCAUCAUGCUGCGAGAAGGGAGGCUAGCUAAGGCACGUGCGUUGAGGGUGCUCGAUCAUGCCAUGAGCGGCGCUAAUGCUGUGGCUGUCUCGAUGAAAUUUGUCGAUGCAGCUGGCCUGAAGACGAUCUUCGGCAUGCUCAUGAAGAGUCACAAAAUGGAAAGAAGCCUGCUGGAACACUUGAUCGGUAUCUUGGCAAGCUUGUUGAGGUAUCUCCCAGGCGGUACAGCCGAACGAAUACGCACCCUCGCAAAGUUCGUGGAGAAUAACUACGAGAAGACCCACAAGCUGGUUGAACUUCGAAAAGAGUACAAGACACGGUUGAUCAAGACGGACGCGCAAAUUCAGAGGGAGCGACAGGACAUGAACGAGGCACAGCUAGAGGAGCACGCGGACGAGUGGUUAUCUCGCCGGCUCGACGCAGGGCUUUUCUCCUUGCAAGCUCUCGAACUUAUUCUGAGCUGGAUGGUCGCAGAGGAUACUGGCGCCAGGGAGACAAUAACGGUUCUUCUCGGAGAAGAUGGGCUAAAGGUUUUGGAACGCAGCUUGCGUGAUCAGUUGGAUGGCAUGGAUGCUGGCCAGGGCGAGGAGGGCAAGGCCACUGAAGAAAUGCUGGAAGCAUUGUUAUUGUGCGUUGAGCAAUGA